AUGUGCUCGCGCGUCCUCCCCCCACCGCCACGCCCCCAGGCGCUCAAGGCCGAGGCCGCGCGGCAGCGCUGCAGCGCGAGCGCCUCUGUCUUUGGCUACGACGACGCCCUGCGCGCGCUCCACCCCUUCCUGCGCCGCUGGCGCGCGGCGCGCGCGGCUCACCCGGACCUGCGGGCAUACAUUGUCAGCGCUGACAUCAGCAAGGCGUUCGACACGGUGGACAUCCAGAAGCUCCUGAGCAUCUCCGAGCCGCUCCUCUGCAGCCCCACCUACACGCUGCUGCGCUACUGCGAGGCCUCCCCCGCCCUCGGCUGCGUCCGCGUGCGCCACUCCACCGUCGCGGUCCCCUGCGAGCCCUCCGCGUUCCCGGGGUUCCCGGACUGGCUGCGCGCCGCCGCGCGCGGCGGCUGCAGCACCGUGUACUGCGACCAGCUGCCGCACCGGCCGCUGGCGCGGGCGGACGCGCUGGCGCUGCUGCGGGAGCACCUGACGCGGCAUUUGCUGCGGAUCAGGGGGCGGUGGUACCGCCAGACGUGCGGGAUCGCGCAG